AGUCCAUCCUAUCCAUAAUCAAGUGGACUUGCUGGGUAUUAUGAAUAUGGAAACCCAAAAUGUAAUGCCCCAUCUCCUUGUUACAGUUUGAUGCCUCUUUUUAAACCCCUUUUCAAAGCUAAAAUAAACAAAACCCACCCUCUCAACCACCUUCACCAAUAGACCAACCACCCACCUCCCUCCUCCCCACAGAGCCACUGCCAAACCUCCAAACAAAAAAAGAAUACUGAUAAAAAAACCCUAAUCCCCCUCUUUUGAACCUCCUUCUUCAAUCAUUGCCCUUCUUCCUUUAACCAAACAAGCCCCCAAGAACCUAAAACAAGCUUUCUUUUAUUCUUUAAUGGUGUUUUCAAUUUCAAAUUGAGUCUUGGUAAGGGGAAAAAAGUAUCGAUCAAAUGUGGCGGCCGUGGGGUAGCAGCAAAAAAUCACCGGUGCGGCGGAUUCACGACACGUCAUCUCCUUUCUCCUGCUCGUCUUUCAAAGAUAUACUACACCUUUGCGCUGAGGAUUAUUCUCCUUCUUCUUCUUCUCUUCCCCUCUCUUCGGCAGCCAAAAGAACUGCCAAUGUCUUCCACCGUGUCCGGAUCGCCAACUCUAUACUCCGCGCCUGGGGCGAAACCCGGCCCGAAUCCAACAGGAAGUUACUGGAUUCGGUUUCGGAUCGGUCCGUUUCCGUUUCGAUCCCGGACGCCGAUAAGCGCAUUGUGGUCUACUACACCAGCCUGCGCGUGGUCCGGUCGACCUUCGAGGACUGCAAAGCCGUACGAUCGAUCCUCCGGGGGUUCCGUGUCUCGAUUGACGAGCGAGAUCUGUCGAUGGACUCACGGUUCUUGGACGAGUUGAAGGGGAUCUUGGGGAAAAGCAAGUUGUCCUUGCCGCGGGUGUUCAUCGGCGGAAGGUAUUUGGGCGGGGCGGAGGAAAUCAAGCAGCUACACGAGACCGGCGAACUCAAGAAGUUAAUGGAAGGACUGUCAGCGGCCGAACCCGCUACCUGCGGUGUCUGCGGCGGUUACAUGUUCGUGUUGUGCGACGAGUGUAACGGUAGCCGUAAAAUUUACACUGAAAAAUCUGGGUUCAAGAUUUGUACGGACUGUAACGAAAAUGGUCUCAUCAGGUGCCCUUCUUGCUCUUAUGCUCCCCUCUAAAAAAAUUAACACCUUUUUCUUUUAACUAUAAAAGGCAAAAUUUUCGCUUCUGGUUCUAGCUCGAUCUCUUAUGCCUCCUUCUAUUCUAUUAUAGCCCUGACUUGAAUUGAUUCUGAAUUUAAUGGGAGUCCAAUCUAGCUACUAACGUUAACGUUGGAUUCCAACAAUAAAAAACUAACCUUUUUUGUAAUUUUUGUAGCAUUAAAAAGCAGUGAACAUUGAAAGGGACAAACAGUAGCAUUUUAGCAUGCUUAAGUUUUGUGUAACUGUAAUUGAUUUUAGUGUUAAUGGGUAGAGUUUUUUUUUCUUUUUUUUUUCUCCCUAUUAUUAUUCAAUUAUCAUGAACAAUUAGUACUUUGUUACAAGGUCUUCUUGUUAUUACAUUCCCUGGAACUGUUUAGAAUGAUGUUUUGAAAGAUGCGAAAGCAGUAGUAAAUAAAAUAAUGGUUUGCAAGAACAUAUGUUGGGGUUUGUCCGCAAAACAGGGGUUCCUAUUUGAGGCCAAAAAAAUCUGGGUUCCUGCAUGUUUAAGAGAUUCUUUCCAUAAUUACUAGGCUUGAUAAUGAAGAGAAGAAAAGCUGGGUGACCAUGGAUCCAGGAUUUACGGGCAGUUUUUUUACCCUGUUUGUCUUGUCACCCGUAAGACUUGAUUUAGGGUUUAAAUGAUUUUUACUCUAGGUUUUGGGCUCGCUUCAUUUAAGUUUAUGAUUUUGGAUUUUGCCAUUUGAAUAAUUGAGCUCCUUGGUGGGAUCAUGUUGGAUAGUUGCAAAUAUAAGUGAUGGAAGGAUUUUUUUUUUUUUUUGAAUUAGGUAAAAUCCAAACAACCAAUUUGACUAGCACAACUCGAACAUAGCUCAUAUAUGGAGCAAUGAAUACCUUUGAUGACUAUCUCAACUCGAACGUAGGUCACAUCCGGGCCAAUGAACUCUUGACCAUCAGGACAUUAUAUGUUGUAUAUUUAGAUAUUAAUCUUUAAAAUUCAUUUUUGAAUAUAUUUGGAUAUCUGAAUCUAUUAUUGAUUUCA